CAUGCCCAGUGCUCACUUCACCUGUGCUAGUUGCUGCACCACGCCACCACAUCCAGACCCCCAAACUCCAGAGCUCAUAUAAGUAACUCACUUGGUGCCUUGCGAAAAUAGAUCACGUAUACUUCGCACCCCACACACCACGCCCUGCUUCGUCCCGCGCAGAAGCUCCUCUCUGCUUCCCUUCCGCGACUUGGACACAGCAGCAAUGAGAUCGGUGCUCGGUCUCUCCCAUUGGUGUUCCUUGCUGCUUCUCCUCUCGCUGGUGACGGCUCCGCGGGGGCUCGAGGUCGGCGAUCUCUUCAGCCAAGGGAAACCACCGGCGGGGAAGCAGGACUGCAGCCGGACAUGCGAGUCCAAGUUUUGCACCGUCCCGCCUGUGCUGAGGUACGGGAAAUACUGCGGAAUCCUCUACAGCGGCUGCCCCGGCGAGAAGCCCUGCGACGCCCUGGACGCCUGCUGCAUGGUCCACGACCACUGCGUCGCCGCCAACAACAAUGACUACCUGAACACCAGGUGCAACGAGAACCUGCUGGGCUGCAUCGACGGGGUGAACCCGGCGGGGCCGACGUUCCCCGGGAAUAAGUGCGGCGUCGGCGAGACGGCGUUCGUCAUAAAGGGUGUCAUCGAGACGGCCGUGCUCGCAGGGAAGAUCCUUCACAAGCGCGACAUCGGGCAGUAGCCAUCUGGCCUGGCCUGGACCCGGAGCGUACUUUAGGAAAUAAUGUGGUAGGCGUGGCGUGACGUGGUGGUGCGGCAAUCGGGCAGUACUGUGCUUUGGACCAGUUUGGUGGUAUGUAUUGCAGACUGGUGCGAAAUGGCAUACAUGGGUUGCAACAUUGUUUCUGUAGUCCAAAGGACACACCGGAACACUCAUUGGUUACUGAUGGACAUAGUCUGAUAUUCCUGCUGUCCCCCGUGUCCAGUAGACCAGUACUUCCUUUGUUUCUAGAAGUACUGCUUUGCUAGACCGUUCUUUAGCCAUGAGUUAAGCCUC